CUGAACCCUGAUGUGGCUCUGAUGUGGGGACACAGAGGAUGCCACAGAUUGUAAAGGGAAGGACGGAAGCAGACACCUGGUCACAGGUGUGAUCAGGAAGACAGCAGGAAAAAGGUGUGAAGUGGGGAAUCUGGGUGUUCACAGAGGAAAACCAGGGUGGGUGUUCCUGGCUCGCUUGUGUCCUCAAACAAGCCGUCACACUCCCAGGAAUGGUUUCUAGGUUCAGCAAGCAGGAGAGGAGUUAGGCUCACCCCAGAAGUGCUCCAUGCUAAACGGGAGACACAAGCCUUAUGUAAGCUACCAAACUAAGCACCCCAUCCUGCUAAGUCAUGGGCCUACUGGAACCCCCAGAACGAGGAGGAGCUAAGGUUCCAGGGUAGGAACCCGCAAACUGAUGGUUGAGGAUGAAGCUGCAAUCUGGAGCAGAGAUGGGGACGUGCCCUGGGUCAGCUGAGAACAAAGGAGUCCCAAGUAUACAUUGAUAGAUCUCAGUAAAUGGCGGUCAGGAGGGGAGUGGCCAACCAGGGAACAUACAGGACUGGUCAGGAGGGGAGUGGCCAACCAGGGAACAUACAGGACUGUGUGGAUCUUAAGUACUGUGGAGGCCAAAGUGAGUCUAGGAUAUAUGGGGAGGGGCGCUGGCUGAACACAGGUCCAGGCUAGCUUCAACACCUGUGUUUUGGACCUCCAUGGACCUCCGUGGCUCUUCGUGGCCCUCUGUGUCCCUCAGUGUCCCUCUGGCUUCAACCCGGGGAUCUCUUCUGCUUCGUUGAGUCCAUCUGCCAGAAGCCUUCCUCUUUUUUGGUUUGGGGUCACACUGCAAAGCACUGAGCCUUACAGUCACAGAGAGAACUCAAUGCCUGAGGGAGGAGAGUGGCCAGGGAGGUGUGGGCCAGUGGAUUAGCUGAAAGACCUUUGGCAGAAGCGCCAAAUGCCAUGGCUGACGCCAUCACCUACGCAGACCUGCGCUUUGUGAAGGUGCCCUUGAAGAACAGCGUCUCUAAUCACCUCGGACAGGACUGUGAGGCUUACGAGGAUGGAGAACUCACCUACGAGAAUGUGCAAGUGUCUCCAGUCCCAGGAGGGGCAUCAGGCUUGGCUUCCUCUACCCUAGUGGACAAAGCAGGCGUCAGGUCAGAGCAGCCAGCUGCAUCCUGGAGCCCCGUGAAGUCGCCCGCUGUAGGGUGGAUUUCCCGUUGUCACGCAGUCGGCUUGCAAUACUUCUUGCUGGGCCUUGUCCUGGCCUGUCUGAUGUUAGGGGUGGCUGCCAUCUGCCUAGGAGUUCGCUAUCUGCAGGUGUCUCAGCAAUUCCAGCAGGUAACCAGGAUUUUGGAAGCCACCAACAGUAGCUUGCAGCAGCAGCUCAAGCAGAAGACAGAUCAGCUGGAGCAGAAGGAGGGGGAUCUGCAGGAGUCUCGGACAGAGCUGUCCCUGAGUCAGGACGCUUUACAGGAGAAGCAGAAGAUCCAUGAGGUCACGGAGCAGCAGCUACAGGCCUGCCAGUCUGAGGGACAGAGGACCAAGGAGAACUUGGAAAGGGAGGAGCAGCAGAGGAGGAACUUGAACCAGAGGCUGGUCAACAUGCAGGACACACUGAGGCGCACUCUUUCCUGUUCCUCAGACACCUGCUGUCCACUGGGAUGGACACAGCACGAGGGAAGAUGCUUUUACAUCUCACACACUCUCAGGAGUUGGCAAGAGAGCCAGAAAUACUGCACAUCUCUGUCCUCCCAACUGGCUACUUUAGUCAAAGAACCGGAUAAGUAUCCUUAUCAAGUCUCUCUGCCCAAUGGCUUAGGGAAGUUGCUAACUGAUUCAAAGUCAUAUUGGAUCCAGCAUCCAAAAUAUACUGUAGGAUACUACAGAUCGUCUGUAUCUUAUUCUCAAAGCUCAUAUUGUAGGAAGAUAGAGAAAUGGCGUGAAUCAUGGCAAAGAUCUUCCUCACAGUGUACAGACUCUUAUCCUUGCAUUUGUGAGCUGGAAGCUUUCCGGUUUCCUGACGGGGAUCACCUGCACUGAAACAGGAACAAGAGCUUGUGACCUACAUCCUUAACCUGUGGCCUGCGAUUCCUCAAGCAUUCCCUCACUCUCGGACAUGCUCAGCUGAGGGCUGAUCCUGGCCUGGCAACCUGCUGCCUGCUUCAAAGUCACCCAGAAACUGGACUAUUCCUG